AUGGCGUCCUCAGGCGACUUUCGUUCUGGUUCUGGUUCUGGUUCUCCGGCGCCGGCGGGGCCGCUACCCCGGGGGAGGACGUGCCUGUGCGCUCCGACGACGCACCGCGGCUCGUUCCGGUGCGGCCUCCACCGCGGCUGGCGGAGGGCGCCGAGCCGCGGGGCAGCUGCGGCUCCAGGCCAGGAGGAGGCGAAAAGCAUGGCGGCUAACGGCGCGGAGUCGAUGAGGGAGCUGCUGAUGCAGAUCGUCAUCAGGCCGUCGAGGCAGGAUCUCUGCCGGAGGAAGAACUUCCAGCCGAAGCCGACGAGGUUCAGCACGAGCGUCGCCGGCGAGCGCAGUCUGGCUGUCGUGUGA